CUCGGUGCUCAGAUUCAGACAGACAGACGUCAGUCGUGGUUUCCCCAAGAGGGGAUUUUCUGGCCGCAGAAGUGAACAAUUCCGUACAAUCCUUGGAGCGAAACAUAUGACUGAAACUGUCCGACAGGAGUCAUCACGUGAGACAAGCGCAGGUUCUUUAUAAGCCUCCGAUCUGCGCUCGCCACAAUUAGUACACCGCUAGACUCGAGAUAAUGAACACUGCAGCAGCUUUGUACAGAGAUCUCGCAGGGAUAAUAAUAAAAUAUAACAGUACAGCGCAGCAGGCCUACGCAUAGACCAUAGAGGAAUCCAGCCAUAUUUGACAUCUGACACCUGACAUCUGAUAUUUGACACCUAACAACAAAAUAUACAGAAUCUCCGACCUCGACUCUAUCAGCGAGAGAGUGACCUGAGGUGACCCCUGACUGACCCCUGGCCCCCACGACACACACACACACACACACACACACAAUGCCGCGCCUGUCUCACGAAUGCUACGGGUUGUCCAGCCCAGACCAGAACGGCUUCCGUCACAAACUGUCCAUGGACCCCUCCAAACAGAAGACCGGGGACUGCUACGUCACCUACAAGGCUCGGGCGAACAGCGAGGGGAAAUUCUCUGACCCCCGCCAUGACGCCAUUGUUGUUGCUAAGUUCCCGCUUCCGGGUCAAGAAAGUCGCAAGUGGACGCAGCGAGAGAUGGACAAGUUCAGUGCCUCCCACCAGAUGGCGCAGAAGUUCAACAUGUUUCUCACAUGUGUGGGUGCCGGGCAGAACGGCGAGGGGACUGGUGGUUUUCGGAACGACCUCUCCUCAAGGGAUGAGGAUAAGGAGAAGGAGGAGCGAGACGGAAUCAUUUCUUUUCUCCCCCUCCAGACAAAUUCUUUGUCGUCCGUGUCGUUUCUGGACAAGUCGAGAAAAGUUGGGGACUGCUUCGUUUUCGAAGACAAGCUGAAAAACUUCCAGACGUUUGUCGGAUCGAACGGGCAGGCCUCCGCUGUGGAAAGGCCGAAGCGCGGCAUCCGCUCCGUCUGUUUCAAGCGGUCGCGGAAACGCUCGGGCGGUGAGAGCGACUCGUCCUCUGCCGGCCGCGAGCGAUCCUCCUCUAACAGCUCUGCCGAGUGGGCGUGUGGUGAGAGGGACCAGAAGAAGGAGGAAAGCAUGACGUACGUUCACAGCUCGUCCCCGCCACCACAUGACGUCAUGCUCAUGGGCGGCGGCGGCAGACUCCCGACGUAUGAGGAGAGCGAGAUGUGGACCAAGUAUGGAGCCCCUCCCCUCUGGUGCCCCCCGAUAGAGUAUUAUUAUCAUCACGUUCUCGGCGGGGACUUCAACAAUAACCCUGUCUAUAUCGACUGUUCUGCUCAGGACGCGGAGGUUCUCAACAAGGAGAGAAAUCUGCCGGGAGGAAGCGGGAAACUGAGUGGUCGUGGGCGGAGCCUGUCUGUUGACAGCUGUCAGGGGGAGGACUCGGACGACCUGAGCCACGCCCACCUCCACGCCUUCAUCCAUCACUUCUUCUGCCACAGCCACGGCCAGCAAAUCAUCAGCAAUCUAAGAGGAGCCUGCCAAAAGGGCGGGGCUUACGUUCUGUCCACGCCCACCAUCCACUCGGUUGACAGGUCGUUCGGUGCUUGUGACGAGGGGGUAGAGGGCAUGCGGGAGGUCAUCCGGCGCCAUGUUUGCUCCCGCUACUGCAGACAUCUCCCAGACAUGGAGGAACGCUUACAGCGGAACCUGGAAGAACGUCAGUGAGUGCAUGUGGUGUGUCUGUGUCUCACCACACCCCUCCAUUUCCUUCUAUACCCCGUAUACAUAUAUAUUUAUUUAUUUUAUUUUAUUUAUUCAUU